GAAGCCUAAUGAGCACAUAUUAGGGGAAAAUGUGAUGUUUGCUUGUUUCACAUUGACAUUAUUAAUGUGUAUCGUAUUAUAUGUUUACUCUGAACUCUUCUUUCUGACAAUUAUAUAGUAUGUCAUUUCACAUUAUUAUUGAAGUUGUGCAAAUUUUUAAUUCAUAAGUCAAUAAAUGUCAUCCAAAUUUUCAUUCUCAAAAAAUAUAAUACUUAUGCAAGAGGUAUUAUAAGGUGGAUCUGCUAUGUUUUUGUCUGAUAUCAGAUUUGGAAGGAAGCUUUGUUGUAGAUAACUAAUCGACAGAAGCUUAAACAAAAUUUUUUGCAAUUGAAAAAUGAAAAUUAAUGGGUCUUUGAUUAUUUAAUAAAAAAUUAGUCGGUCGUUUGAUACAGAAAAACUGUCCGAAUAUCCUCUGAAAAUAAAAUAUCAAUAAUGAAUAAAACAAGAACCGAAAAUUGGAGAGGUGUAUUGUGUUCUAAUAACAAUAAUCCAAAAAACAAAUAGCUGGCAAAUCGUUUUCGAAUGGUAAUGAUGGGUAUUAUAUAUAUUCCUAUUAAUUUGAUAUAAUAUAUUAGUGUCGUGGUCGUGGAAGAGGAAGAUUGAUAGACAAGUAUACAAGUGAGCUGUUUUAUCAUUUGUGAACUCCAAACAGCUUUUCCUGACAUUAUUUUUGUUGUCUAUAAGGAGAAGAGACGGAUAAGAUGGGUGCGGUUAUGGUGAUUACUUUGAACUAAAGUCAAAUUGAGUAAAAAAAAUUUAUUAAUUUUUUAAUAAAUUACAUUUUAUGACGUUAUAAAAUAUAUUAAUUACAAUUUUCUCUCUUUUUUUCACUUUCGCAAUCUUCGGUCAUAUAUUUUUUUCCCAAACUAAUCCUUGUUAUCGUUCAGUCGAACUAAUACCGCUGCAACAAUAAAACAAGAAAUCAAUACCAAUUCAUUAAAUUAACACUACCAUUUCAAAAAACACCAAUACUAGUCCAUUAAAAUAACACUACCAUUUCAAAAAAUACCAAUACAAUUCCAUAAAAACACUACUACUUAUUAACCAAGACCAUUGCAGAUUUAACCAAUACCAAUACAAUAACAUCGCUACCAAAACAACAAUACCAUUGUGAAAAAAACAAUACCAAUGUAAAAAAAACACUACCAUUAUGAAAAAAUAAGGGUAAAUACAAUAUAUUAGCCAUAACUAUUAAGUAGCCGGGAAUUAUAGCCACAACUAUCGAAAUACAAAUUAUUAGUCAUGACUAUUGUUGCAGGUCAAGAUUUGGCUAACAACAGUUACUGUUUUCAAAUUUUUAACGGAGAAGGCCAUGUCAGCAUUAGUAAAAAAUAUGAUAUGAUGACUGCCACGUGGGAGCCAGCUCAACAUCUUGAAAGUUUAGUCAUCAUUACUAACAGAAGUGUUAACGAAAACUUAGCGAUUGACUAAUAAUUUGUAUUUCGAUGAUUGUGGUUAUAAUUCCCCGUUGCUUAAUAGUUAUGGCUAAUAUAUUGUCUUUGCCCCAAAAAUAACUACCACUACAAACAAAAUACAUACCAAUACAAACAAAAACUACCUCUUUCCCAGCCAUUGUUUUUUUGUGUCAAAAUGAAAAACAAUGCAUGCAUUUGAUUGAUGAUGUGCCACUUGAAAUCAUUUAAUAUGACUUAUUUACAAUCUCAACAAUUUGGUGAGAUUGUUGAGAUUGUGUUUUGAGAUUGCUAUUCCAUUUUUCUUUCCCUUUAUAUCCCUAUCAACUUUUAUGCAUUGUUAAACUUCUAUGUUAAAGAAAGGGUAAACAUUACCUUUCACUUAAAAAGUCACUUUCUCAUUUUAUUCAUAAAAUUACAUUCACAUCUACCAAACAAUGUAAUCUUAUAAUACAUGCAUUUAGACAAUACAUCAAUUACAAUGCAAGUAUUCAUACAAUACAUCAAUUCUAACAAUCGCAAAUACCAAACGACCUUAAGUUGCAAUUAUUUUUGUGAGAUUGUUACUAUACUUGUAUUGUUUAGAAUGCAUUGUUGUUUUGAUUUUGUAGCAGACACAAUACAUGGAUUGUUUUCUAUGAUGUGACAGAAACUAUCACUCAAAAUGAGUGAUUGUUAUACCUCAACCUUUGGCUGAGAUUGUUGAGAUAACUGAGUUGAUAUUGUUUUAGCUCGACUUUUAACCGAUGUGACAUACACAAACACACAUACCAAAUAUUGUAUUUUAUAAUGCAUCGAAUUCAACAAUACAUUCUAAUAUCAGAGUCCUCAACAGGGCUAAUAAUUACUCAAUCAAAUUCACUGACUUGAUAACCCCAUUGCCUAACCAAAAUUUGAGUAGUGCUUGGAGAUAAUCAAACACGACCUUGCAAUGGUUCUUCCAUAGUAUUCACAACCCACAAACAAAAUGCAACGACUUAUAAUUGUCUUUGUUAGUCGAAAGAGAAUGAUGAAAACAUAUGUCACACCAGAAACGACGAGCCAAAUGACAAAAGCAGAAUAAAUGUUCAAUAUAUUAUUCUUUUCUGUUGCAAACAAAUGACACAUGAAUCAAGUCCAACCCUCAAACAACCAAGACCUCGCGGUGCAAACAUUGCCAAAGAAAAGAAAAUUAAUUUUGGCAGGACCUUCAGGUUCCAAAGGCAAUCCAUAAAGUCUGAUCAAUAACAUUAAUACGGUACUUACUUAGAUUUGAGUGAACAAACUGAAACGCCAAAUGAUGUUCCGAUUCAUACUCACCUGAGUUCGUUCAAUUCCAUAUAAGUAAUGAUGACAAUUUAAAUCCACCCGUGAGUAUUAUCCGACCUGACCCGUAGUAGUAUGGGACGGGACAUGAAUAUCUAAUUUCGACUUGUUAUGUCCUCUCCCGCUCCGUUCCUGGCUCAUUCAAAGACCUAACUUGGUGUGGAUCAACAUGUUUAGCUUUAGUAUGGCCUCGUAACUUCAAAGCCCGAGCCUAGGGCUUCAAAAAAACUUGUGACCUUUUGGCAAAGGUGGGCCUGCACUCUUACUUAUUAAUCGAAGCCCAAAUCCCAGACUGCAAUUAUACAAGACUAUCAACGUUACACGUGGACAACAUCACGUCGUUCCAUAGUUCCCAACCGCGAGGGGAUUCCACAUCACUCAAGAGGUUCGUACUCCACCCACGAUCACUCAUUCGCGUGGGGGACUCACCCUUCCCUCUUCGAAUGUUAUUCGAGACAGUCAUACAGAACAACUUACGUCGUCGCUUCAGGCUUGUACGGGACUCUCGCGCACGCGCAUACAUUCACGCGCGUGUUUCAUGACUGCUUUACUUUCCCCAAGUUUUCUAUUGCAUUUGCUUGCAGCUCGCUGCUUCAUCCCUAGGGUUUAGGCACGAAGGAACACACUCUUAACACUGUCCUUUCCCUCUCGAAGCUCCACCGGAUUUCCUCCGCGGUGGUUCAGUAAAUCAGCCACCAUGGAACUUGCUGGGAACGAGUUCGAUAGGAUACUGUUUUUCGAGCACGCUCGGAAGACCGCCGAGGCCGCCUACGCCAACAAUCCUCUCGAUGCCGAGAACUUGACGAGGUGGGGUGGAUCUCUGUUGGAGCUGGCUCAGUUUCAGAGCGUUGCAGAUUCUAAGAAAAUGAUUCAAGAUGGAGUGAACAAGUUUGAGGAGGCGUUGUUGAUAAACCCCAAGAAGCAUGACACCUUAUGGUGCUUGGGAAAUGCUCAUACGUCACUUGCAUUCUUAACCCCCGACGAGGAGGAAGCAGAUGUAUAUUUCAAGAAGGCAGCUGCGUACUUUCAGCAAGCUGUUGAUGAGGAUCCAACCAAUGAGUUGUACCUCAAAUCUCUAGAAGUGGCUUCUAAGGCACCAGAUUUGCACGCGGAGAUCCAUAAGCAUAGUUCAAUAGGAGGUCAGCCAAUUGAGUUCAACAAACCUGAUACGGGAGGUCCUUCCACCUCAACAAGCACAAGGGGUACGAAGAAGAAGAAUAAGAACAACGAUUUUACUUACGACGCAUUCGGGUGGGUAAUUCUGGCUGUUGGGAUUGUCGCCUGGAUCGGGUUCGCUAAAUCCCAGAUGCCUCCCGCCCCUCCACCAGCUCCCCGGUAAGACAGCUUCGGUUCUUCCAACCUGGAAAGCAUGCCUUUUGGAGGCUGGCAACGGAGCUGCUCCUGCUGCCAAGGGGAAACAAAUGAAUUGUAGUGGUCCGUCUAUUUAUUGCCUAAAUUUUGACCUUUUUGGUAGCAUAUAUCUUUCUCUCGGUGUAGACUUGAUAAUAAUGAGUUCCAAGAGUUGUUAUCAUCACUUCUGUGGUUCUUGUGUUGCCAUAUUGGUUCUUUAGGUAAAAAGAAAAACAUCUAUGUAGGAAUUGGCUUGGAUGGAUCGAUGAGGAGUGUAUGCCGGAUGUCAUUUUCUUUCCGGUUUAAUACAUCGAGACGAUGAAAUUCUAUUAAUUAUGAAUCUGAUUUUGGUCGUCGAUGGAAUGUGACCCUUUAUAUCGUUUGGAUGGUCGAGUUUAAUGACGAUGGAAUUUGGUUCCGAUGAAGGUUAAUUCUAGCACUUGUUAAACCUCUUUCAAUCUGGUUUUAUGCCGAUUUGGUUCAAUUUUAGGUCGGAACCCUCCAUCUUUUUUUUUUUACUUCCCUAAUGGGCUGAUUUUUAGGUUGACUAUUUCAGUAAGAGUCCAUGAAAUGUGGGCCUCAUUCGGGUUUAUGUUUGCGGGCUAAAAGCCUCAAACAUAUCCACACACAGGUUUCAAGUUACGGUCCAGAAAAAACGCAUUAAAUAUUAAUUAAAAAGGUAAGAAAAUACAAAAUAGUGAAAAUACAGAAAUGAAAUCUGAGCGGCGAUCAGAGAUAUGGUGACGGUGAAAUGAGAAUCAACACUAUACCUGCAU